CAGCCGCCCGGCUCGGGCAGACGAGUUCACCAAACUGAUCGCACACACGCCAGACUCCUCUCCGCGCGGCGCGUGUGUCCGGAGCGGUGGGAUUGUAUCAGUCGACGUUCACCUCCCGUGGAACUCCCCCCCACCUGACCGGCAGAGGGGUCGUUUUUGUUGCUUCUUUUUAAUUUGUAAUAUUACUUGCCUCCAACUCUCCGGACAUUUCUCGCAAACAGCGAACAUCUCGCCGCGGCCAGAGGACUCGGCUCGGAGCGUCGUCGUGAGUAACAGCUGGAAAUCAGGUUAUAAUCAGAGUUCGCCCGAGGACACGGGCUCCAAGGGACCUAUUAACUCUCACCAGUGUCCAGCCCAUGAAAACAGGAGAGGAGAGAAAGCAGAGAGAAGACAUCAGCUCCAUCUGAACAAAGAGGAGGCACAAACAAGAUACACAUGGGGCAGGGAGAGGCUUCAGCACGUGGGACAACCAUGGAGGGGGACUGUCUCAGCUGCAUCAAGUACCUCAUGUUUGUCUUCAAUUUCCUGAUCUUUUUAGGGGGCUCUUUCCUCCUGGGAGUGGGAGUGUGGGUACUGGUGGAUCCCACAGGGUUCAGGGAAAUUGUAGCAGCCAAUCCACUGUUGUUCACCGGCGUCUACAUCAUCCUGGGCAUGGGAGGCAUGCUCUUUCUUCUGGGCUUCCUGGGCUGCUGUGGAGCUAUCCGUGAAAACAAGUGUCUGCUUCUCUUUUUCUUCAUGCUCAUCCUCCUCAUCUUCUUAGCAGAGCUGGCUGCUGCAAUCCUGGCCUUCAUAUUCCGGGAACAUCUAACCAGAGAGUACUUUACCAAGGAGCUGAAGAGACAUUAUCAGGGCUACAACAACACUGACGUCUUCACCUCCACAUGGAAUGCCAUCAUGACUACAUUUGACUGCUGUGGGGUGAACAGCCCAGAGGAUUUUAAGGACAGCCUGUUCAAGCUGAUCAACCAUAAUCAUAUGGUGCCAGAAGCCUGCUGCCAGCGUGCCAGUCAGACCGGGGGGUUGGCCUACAUCAGCCAGGAGCAUUGCUUAUCAGGCAACAUGAUGUUGCGCAAUAACAAGGGCUGUUACUCUGCGGUAGUUGACUACUUUGAACUUUACAUCUACGUGGCCGGAGCGCUCGCCAUUGUGGUUCUGACCAUCGAGCUCUUUGCCAUGGUCUUCGCAAUGUGUCUCUUCAGGGGAAUCCAGUAGAGCUGCUCCGUCUGUGAACUUAUUUUUAAAAAAGGGAUUUCAGGAGAAAAUAAUACAAUGGACACUUGUAAAUUUGUUGAUUUUUUUUCUAUUGGCUAAUAGGUAGAAAAACACACUCUUGUACUUCACAGCUGGACUUUUGAGGUACUGGAUGGCAAAAAAAAACCAAAAAAAAACCUCACAAACCGUAGAGAAAGGGGGAGAUCAGAGACAAAACUGAUGUAAAAAGAUUUUUGUGUAAAGUGGAAACAGUAAUUUGUGGACCAGGUCUAGCACAGACUAGGUGUAAAGUUGACUGGGCAUGAGGACUAGGUGAAGCCUGAGCAGAAGGCACUGCACUGACUUUUGGAUGAAGAAUAUUUAUAUUAAGUAAAGUUGGCUUAAUUAUAAGAAAAUGUGUUUUAUGUACACUUGGCUGUUACCCCUUUUCCUUACAUACUGUAUACUGUAAAACGCUCCCCUUCCACAUGCCUUUUUUUGCAGCCACUCUUUAAUGCUGUAUUAUAUAAGCUCUCUGUGUGUGUGUGUGUGUGUGUGUGUGUGUGUGUGUGUGUGUGUGUGUGUGUGUGUGUGUGUGUGUGUGUGUGUGUGUGUGUGUGUGUGUGUGUGUGUGUGUGUGUGUGUGUGUGUGUGUGUGUGUGUGUGUGUGUGUGUGUGUGUGUGUGUGUGUGUGUGUAGAUACUGAAUGCUCUCUUUGAAUGUGUUUGAACUAGUUUGUGAGCAUGUGCGUUUGUGGUUCCUCAUGACCCCUCCCAAGCUUGAAAGCCGACUUCUGAUACUUUUUCUAAUCGUAUGGUGAUGUUUAUUGCAGUAGAGGCUAUAGCCUAUGUGGUUUUAGGCGGUGAAAUGUACAUUAAGUGUAUGCAUUUGUAUUAGAUUCUUGAAAAGUCAGUGACAUAAAUGGCAUUUUAAAUGAC